AUGGCAUCCAUAGACCUCUCACUCGAUCGUAUAAGAACUCUAAUUUCCCUACUCUCUCGAUAUACACGGCCGACGAUUCACAUCGCCGGUACAAACGGCAAAGGCAGUGUCGCGAGCAUCGUUUCCUCCAUUUUGCAUCAGUCCGGCCUCAAAGUAGGGAGAUUUACGAGCCCUCAUCUCGUCACUGUUCGAGAUUCGAUUACUAUCGGACAAGUAGCCGUCACGCAAGAGCGAUAUCAGCGCACGAGGAGCAUCGUCGACCGACUUAACAGACAGGGCGAUUCGUCCACGCCUCCUCCCAACACGACCAUAUUCGAAGCCUUGACUGCAACUGCCUUGCAAAUCUUUGAGGAAGAAAAGGUCGACGUCGCGGUUGUAGAAGUUGGAAUGGGUGGACGACUCGACGCGACAAAUGUAAUUCCUGACGAGGUUGUCAAAGUCUCAGCUAUCACUGCUGUAGAUAUUGAUCAUGUGCGAUGGCUGGGCUCGAGCGUGUCCUCUAUAGCUCGAGAGAAAGCUGGAAUCGCCCGGCAUGGCGUGCCGCUGGUAUUGGGACCUCAACCAAGAGUUGAAGUCCAGCAAGUAGUCGCAGAAUGCGCUAGAAAUGUUGGGACCACCCUCGUUGCUCCAGCAAAAGUCUCGACGAUGCCUCCAACAGCCUCUGCCCUUCCUCCCCCUCCACAAACUUUUCCGCUAUUCGGAAGCCACCAGAUUGACAACUUGUCCACUGCUCUAUCCAUCAUCGAGUGCUUGCAGGAGCAAAAUGCUUUUACUCGUUCCAUCACAUCAAAUUCAAUAACGCAAGGUGUCAAGCUCGUUCGCUGGGCGGGAAGACUCGAGUUUCUGGAGUUUGCCUCGUCAAGCGGCAAGCGGCUCCUACUUCUCGUAGAUGGAGCCCACAACAGUGCAUCAAUGCAAUCACUGAGGAGAUAUAUUGACGAUAAUCACCUCAAUGCGCACUCUCCCGUCUUCAUCGUCGCACUUUCCGAAUCUCCCCCCAAAACACCAACGGAGACUUUGGGUCCUCUACUGCGUGCGGGGGACCGGGUGUAUGUAACACGAUUUUCGCCAGUGGAAGACAUGCCGUGGGUACGGCCGACCUCACCUGAUGAGGUUGCAGAAUCCGCCAAGACGCUGGUGGGUCCGACAGGGAUGGUAUGGACAUCAGAGGGAGAGAGCAGUAUUGGAAACCUCGAGGCUCUUACAGAGAUACUCGAGAGAGUUGCGACCGAGUCGAGCUUUGCGAUCGUAGUUGGUAGCCUAUACCUCGUCGCAGAUAUAUAUAGGCUAAAGGAUAGCCUCGUAUUCGGCGUUGAACCAUGA